GGCCGAUUUAAAGACCAUCCCUAAACCAUCCCUGGACAACCCUGCUCUUUUAGCUUCCUAGCUUCGACCGCUCAGUUUCCAGAAUAAAGUUGCCGGAUCUAAACGGGCAAGCAUCACAUAAUCGUCACGCCCUUAAAAAGCUCGGUUCACUUUCCAAGCUGCAUUAUUAAUCCUGGUUGUGAGAGUCACAUUUUAUCGACCGAAUUCCUCAAAUAUCUUAUUUUCCCACUCCCUUUUCCAUUGUCUGAUACAUAUACUCUUUUUUUUAUUUCUUGGUCUUAGAUUCAAGUUUUGGUUUCCACAAUUAGGGAUCUGUAGCACUCUGACUUAGACGUCUCAGUCUACUUACACACUUACACACUUGCACUUACACUUGCACUUACACCCACACCCACUUAUAUAUAUAAUCGUGGACCUCAACUUUGCUUUGGUACAACCCAAGUAUCUAAGUAUUUUCCAUAUUGGUCGGAUCUAUCAAAAUGGAAAGCGGGAUGCCAACGCCUCCCGUUGAGGACAAUAUGAAGAUAUCGACGUCGUCGAGGAGGAGUACAGCUUCCAGUACUAAGUCUGUCAAGCCGAUACAUCGUGGCGGAAAGCGAGCGUCCAAUCACCAUCCUCACUCGCCCGCUCAUGAGCAUCCCCCGCCCCUUUCGCCACAUGCAAUCGACAACAGACAUAAGCGAGUCUGGAAGGCAUGUGAGAGGUGUAGAAUGAAGAAAACAAAGUGUGACGGAGAGUUCCCGUGUAAGAGGUGUAAGGACGAUGGUCUAGUAUGUACAGCAGGUACACGAAAAAAGACGGAGUAUAAGCAACUGCCUAGAGGAUAUGCCGAGGUCCUAGAGAACACACAAUUCGCUCUAAUUGCUACCGUACACAAGCUAUAUGCUAUGGUCAGAAAUGGGCAAUCGUGGGACCUGGGAGAGCCAGAACUCAACGAUAGGGGUCAACCUGUCAUUCACAAUAUCGCGACGAAACUCGGAUGCAUACGACCCAAUGCUGACGCCGACCUCCCACCACAUUCAGUAUUUCCUGAAGACGAAGCAGGAUUAGCGAAACUGGCAGCCGAAUUAGAUGUUCAGCAAAGAGAAAGAGAAAGGGAAACACAUGUAACAGAGCACCGAUCAGAGACAGAUUCGAAUUGCACGAGAACGGAUCGCGCAAGCUCUUCAGAGCUCGAUCACUCAGAUUUUGAACAAGACUACAGGAAAGUGAUAUUGGGCAAUCAAAAUCUGCAGACCAUGUCGCCGCAAAGCUUUGCGAGUUACGACUUGGAUACGAAAUCCAUGCCAUCAGAUCUGGACUCUCGAGGGCUAUUCGCCGUUCAAUCGCCUUCGGCUCCGGCGUCUUACCCGACGUGGAAUAUGAGCAGGCCUAGCUCGAUGGAACUGUCGCCGCAGUUCAUGCAAGGGAUGGACAUGGACAUGGCAGAGAUGAUGCUCAGCCAAGGGCUUGUGGAAUCGGAGUUUGGCACGAUCAAGCCUCACAUGAUACAAUGUCCUAAUCCAGAAGCUAUGUUGGGUAUCGGGGACCCGAUGAUCUAUUCCGGAUAUAAUAUGGAGUCCUUACGAUCAUGAAAAAGACCCCGGGCAAAAACUCCGGAGGGGUGUACGGGGGAAUAUUCACGAAUCUAACUAACAGCAUUGGGAAAUAAUAGGAGCAAGGGGAGGUGGUGGUCUGCGAUAUAUUCAACACUUACACUUAAUUGCAAGGCGUUUAACCGGUUUUUCGGCUGGAUUGGAAACAUUGCGUAC